AAAGAAAUGGAAAUUACGAUGAAUUUUUCACGGAUAUCUUUUGCUCUCCAACUCUUCUUUAUAUGCCACUUCAUUACAUCAGGUAAACUAAGAGAGGUGGAGGGAUGCAGUAUUUACAUUAGUAACAAAUGCCCCUUCCCUAUAUGGCCAGCAACUGCCCCAAAUACGGGCCAUCCAGUUUUAGCAAACGGUGGUUUCUACCUUCCAUCCGGCGGAAUUCGCCGAAUUGGAUCCCCAGGGGACUGGAGUGGACGCAUUUGGGCUCGAACCGGCUGCAAUUUCGACGUACCCACCAAUCACAAACCGGCCUGUGAAACAGGCGAUUGUGACGGAAAACUCGAAUGUGAAGGAACUAUAGGCCUUCCUCCAGCUACACUAGUAGAAAUGACAAUACAAUAUGAUAAAAAGCAGCCAAGUUUCUACGAUGUAAGCUUAGUUGACGGAUAUAACCUCCCUGUUUCGGUAACAAAUAAGCCUUCAACAUCAAAAUGUCUUAUUAGAGGGUGCACCCAAAACAUGAAAGAUACGUGUCCACCUGAGCUUCAGGUUGUAAAUGAUGAAGGACAAGUGGUGGCGUGUAAAAGUGCUUGCUUGGCAUUCAAUCUUGACUCGUUUUGUUGUAGGAACAAAUAUGGAAGUCCUGAAAAAUGCAAGCCGAGUGUGUACUCGAGUUUGUUCAAGAAAGCUUGUCCCUCUUACGUCAGUUAUGCUUUCGACACGCCUUCGCCUGUAGUCAGCUGUUCAUCCGAUCAAUUUGUUAUAACUUUCUGUCCAGAUAAAUGGGGCACUGAACAUUUAUCUGCUUGAUAAAACUGGGGCUUAAUUACUCUCUAGUUUAUACAUUUA